AUUAUACAAUUCGAAUUAGGACAAAACUAAAAAUAAAUUAGACAAAACUAAAAAUAAAUUAAUUAAAACACUCCUUUAAAAAAAAUGUCUGAGUGUAGAAAAGAAAUUGUCAUCUGGCAAAAGAAUUUCUUUCGUCGAACUAUGAAUAUCUACGAACCACGAGGUCCCAAAUAUCGUUGCACCCAAUGCAAUGAAAUACUCAACACUAGACUCAGCAUAUUCACUCACUCCAAGAUGCAUUUAAAACCAUUUUGUAUUGUAUGUGGUUUGUACACCCAGAAUCUAGAUCAAAUGCAAAAUCAUAUGAAAAACUUUCAUCGAGAAUUGGUUGAUAUUAUUCCAAUAAUUCCAAAGGUUGUAAAAGAUGAAAAUCAUAAUGAAACAGAAGAGAUAAAUUCCAACAAAAAAAUCCUAAUAGACCCACCGAAGAAACUUAAAAUUCCAAAAGCCAAGAAGACUUGUUUUGGUUAUAACAAGAAUAAGAGCGAUAAACAACAUUUGGUGUCCAGGUUUGGUCGUUGUAUCAAUGUCAAGAUUCCAGCUGAUUUUUAAUUAGUAACUAACAACUUUUUCCUUACAGUAUUCAACUGUAUCUUCUUUUUUUUUUGUACGAGUAUUUAAUCUUUAGUUUAGGUAUUUUUUUUUUAAUUGUUUACAUAUAAAAUAUGUAGCUUGAAUUAUUAUUGAAAAAAAUGAAUUAAUUUAGUUUUUAUUUAAACAUCUUUAGGCUUUUUUGAAAUCUACAAAAUGUUAUGUAUUUUUUUUUUCUUCUGUUAAGUUUUUGAACAGAGUCAAGACCUCGUUUUUGAGUAUUUUUAAGUUUACAAAAUAUGAAAAUAAAAUUAUUUUGAAGAAUUAUAAA